AUGCUGACGCAUAUCCAAUACCUUCACAACCGAACCACAACGGUUUGGGCCCUGCAGUACAUACACCCCAACAGCAGCAGCAGCAGCAGCAGCAAGUGCAGCAGCAGCAGCAGCAGCAAGUGCAGCAGCAGCAGCAGCAAGUGCAGCAGCAGCAAGUGCAGCAGCAGGCACAACAACAGCAACAGCAGCAGUGAGAACUGCAGCAGCAACAAGACUAUAGCAGCAGCACUAAACGUGUCAGCAGCAGCAGCAGCAGCAACAACAGCAGCAGCAGCAGCAGCAGCAGCAACAGCAGCAACAGCAGCAGCAGGUGUUGAGCGUACCUGGCAUCCAACAGCAACAAGACUGGGGUGUAUAGGAGAAGCCUGCCGGCAGCAGCAGCAAAAGAUCGAGGAGGAUGCUGACGCAUAUCCAAUAUCUUCACAACCGAACCACAACGGUUUGGGCCCUGCAGUACAUACACCCCAACAGCAGCAGCAGCAGCAGCAGCAAGUGCAGCAGCAGCAGCAGCAAGUGCAGCAGCAGCAAGUGCAGCAGCAGGCACAACAACAGCAAAAGCAGCAGUAA